AUGGGAGGCAAAGAGAGUAAACUGGUGCUACUCUCUGGUGUGGAAGACACCAGCCAGCCAGUUCCUGUUUUGGGGCUGAAAGAUACCACCCUGCCAGUUCCUGUUCCUGUGCCUCACACCAGGCCUGGUCCCAUGGCCAUUCCUCCGGUCCUGCCGGACCCGCCAUCGCGACACCUUCGGACCUACCGCUUGUCGUACUCUCCGUGCUGUGGCUCUAUGACCCUGGACUGUGAUUACGACUCCAGUGCGAGAACUGGUGUGUCCCAGGUGCCUUUGCUAGCAGAAGCAGAAGCUGAGAACUGGCUGAGCGAAGCUCACUCACUGACCGCCACAAUGCCACUUAAGAAAAGUGAUAUCGUAAUAGCCAUGACCAAAGCUGGAAUGGAAAUGGAUGCGGAGUACGACAGCGAAAGCGAUGAAUAUUGCAACGUGAGGGCGAAAGGCAACAAGGAAGCCAAACAUGCCGUCUGUCGAAAGACACAGUGGUGGGCGGCAGACAGCGAGGAGGAGGAGGGCAGUGAUGGGCGACGUGACGCGCGGGCAAAGACGGCCGGCGAGAAGGGUGGGGCGCGAAGACGGCGCGAGGAAGAGGAGGAGGAAGAACGCGACAAAGGAGGGAAAGAAACGUGCACUGGAAAAAAUCGAAGAAAAGGAAACAACAGCAGCAGCUCGUACUCAUCAAGUGACUCAAACUCCGAGUCCCUGUCGGGAGGAGAACUGACUCAGCUGCAAGAAGAACUGGAAGAGAAGAAGAAACUGAUCAGCACGCUCCGGAGCAAGCCAUGGCACAUGAAGAGAAGACUCCAUAGCUUAAAGAAAGCCCAGGAGUUUGUAGAGGCAUCUGAAAGCGUAUUGGGAAGUGCGAAGGGGACGAACACCCGCUUUUUUAAAACCAUGAUUAACAAGAAACUGAUCAAGUUCAAUCUAGAGUUAGAAAACUUGAAGACUAUGAUCACUCCCUGGCAAGGGAAAAUUAAAGAAGUAGAAAGUCAGUAUGGCUCUUCUGUAGCCUCCUACUUCAUCUUCCUCAGGUGGAUGUAUGUCGUCAAUCUUGUUCCAUUUGUCUUAGUGGUUGGGCUUAUUAUAAUUCCUGAGACUCUGUGGGGGGUGCCAUAUGGCACCAUCCCAAGGAAGACAGUCCCUAGAAAUGAGCAAGCCAAUGCCAUGGACUUCGACGUCCUCUAUGAAUAUGGCGGUUAUUUGAAGUACUCAGCUUUCUUUUAUGGUUACUAUGACAACAAGGAAAAGAUUGGAUUCUUUGGGUACCACCUACCCCUGGCAUAUUUACUUGUUGGACUUGUAAUUUUCUUCUACAUCCUGGUGGUAGUGAUUAGGGUGAUGGCGAAGAAUGCCAGUGAGGCGAAUAGUAUUGGAGAUGAGGAUGCCUUCAAGUUCUCCUGGAAUGUUUUCACAAGCUGGGAGUACCUCAUUGGAAACACGGAGACAGCAGAGGAGAAAAGUGCUGCCAUCACAUUUGUCUUGAAGGAAUCCUUAGUUGACGAACUGAGGCACUUCAAGAACGAGGACCUGAACACGCGGUUGUUUCUGCGUUUUGUCGCUAACGUGCUGAUCCUGUCCUGCCUGAUGGGCAGUGGAUAUCUUAUAUAUUCUGUGGCAAAAAGACACCAAACGUUUUCUAAAAUGGACCGCAAUCAGGUAUCCUGGUUACAGAAAAAUGAGGUGGAGAUUGUCAUCUCACUGCUGGGCAUGUUUUGUCCAGCACUGUUUGAGACCAUUGCUGAGCUGGAGGACUACCACCCCCGCAUCGCCCUCAAAUGGCAGCUGGGACGACUCUUUGCCCUUUUCGUUGGCAACAUUUACACCUUCGUGUUUACUAUUAUUGAAGACAUCACUGACCAGCUACAGGUUGAGAAGACAAUAAAGAAUCAAAGCAUCAUUGCCCUGCAGCAGUACUAUGCUAACUACACACUGCACCACAACGUGACUGAGAACAUCCCCCCACCAAACAUUGACCCUGCUGAUGUCAUCAGGGGACCCUGCUGGGAGACUCAAGUGGGCAUCGGGUUUAUGAAGCUAAUAAUAUCAGAUAUACAAGUGACGUAUAUUAACAUCCUGAUCACAGAUACCAUCAGAGCUGUAGUUGUUCGCUACCUCAACUAUUGCUGGUGCUGGGACCUGGAAGCCACAUUUCCCUGUUAUGGACAGUUUGAUAUCAGUACAAGUGUACUUGGGAUUAUUUUCAACCAGGGAAUGGUCUUGAUGGGUACGUUCUAUUGUCCAGGGCUGAUGAGUGUAAAUAUUCUACGCCUGGUCAUUUCCAUGUACUUUCAAUGCUGGACUUUAAAAAGCAGCAAUAUUCCCAACAGAAAUAUAUUCAAGGCCUCACGGACCAGCAACAUCUACAUGGGCAUCCUUCUGUUUGUGCUGUUCGUCUGUCUAAUUCCUGUGAUUGUCAUCAUCAUGACUAUGUUGCCAUCCUUUGACUGUGGACCUUUCAGUGGGAAAAAUAAGAUGUACGACGUCCUCACCGAUAUGAUCCUGGAGUUUCCAGCUUUUAUGAAAACUUUCGUCAACUUUGUAUUUAACCCAGGAGUCGUCAUGUCAGUGCUGAUAUUAAUGGCGCUGAUUAUCUACUACCUGCAGAAGGUAUCUACAGGCUACCACAAAACCAACAUGGAGCUGAAAAAGAGAUUGGAAAAAGUAAAAGAAAAAAAGAAAAAAUACAGGACCAACAAGGUAAUGAAUGACGAGAAGGAUGUUCUGUCUGACAGAGCCCUGAUUUCAGAACACACUCUAGGUCAGUAG